GGCUUCCCGAUCCUUUUGCAGUCGUAACUGUGGACGGAGAACAAACACAUACUACAUCUGUGAUCAAGAAAAGUUUGAAUCCAUAUUGGAAUGAGAGUUUUGAUAUACAAGUAACAAAUCAAAGCGUAAUCGCUGUACAAAUCUUCGACCAAAAAAAGUUUAAAAAGAAGGAUCAAGGAUUUUUAGGCGUAAUCAAUGUUCAAGUAGUCGAUGUGAUUGACCUUGACUCUAAUGCUGAUAGCGAUGAAAUGUUGACAAAAGAUUUGAAAAAAUCAAAUGCAAAUGAAGUAGUGCAUGGUAAACUCAUUAUCAACCUAUCGACAAAUAUAAACGCAUCACUUUCCCAUCCUGGUGUAAAUCAUACCCGUACGGGUUCCAUUGCAUCAUCAUCCAACUCAAAUUCAAAUCAGAGGGCUAGUAGUUUUGUUGAAAAUAAUUCAAAUCCAAGAGGUAGUUUUGCUGAAAAUGCAAGGCCUAAUUCUGUUCCUUCAGCAGCAAACGGAAAUGCUCUACCAGGACCAAGUACAACUUCUGGAGGUAAUUCAGCGCGAGCAUAUAGUUCCCUUGAAGACCAAUACGGACCAUUGCCAUCUGGCUGGGAACGUCGCGUAGAUCAUCUUGGACGUACAUAUUAUGUGGACCAUAAUACACGAACUACCACAUGGACGAGGCCAUCGAUAAAUGCAACGGCCACUCAACGGUUACAAGAACAUCAAAAUAUAACAGAAUUAGAACGUCGUAGACAUAAUAAUCGCACGCUCCCUGAAGAACGUCCAACAGGUUCCUCAUCUAUGCCCAAUAAUACAUCGUCAACAUCUAUUCCUGGUUCUGGUGCUGAAGCGUCUACAAGUGCUUCUAAUGUAACUUUAGCUCCUGUGGGACAUGUCGGAACAACAACAGCAGGUUACGGACCAUUGCCUUCCGGUUGGGAACAAAGAACCACUCCAGAGGGUAGACCUUAUUUUGUGGACCAUAACACUCGAACAACUACUUGGGUAGAUCCUCGUAGACAACAAUAUAUCAGAAUGUAUGGUGGAAAUGCGAACAAUGUCACCAUCCAACAGCAACCUGUAUCUCAAUUAGGUCCACUGCCCUCUGGCUGGGAAAUGCGUUUGACAAGUACUGCCAGAGUUUAUUUUGUAGAUCAUAAUACAAAAACCACUACAUGGGAUGAUCCGCGAUUGCCCAGUAGUUUAGAAUCUCAACCUGCUCUUCGACCCGUACCUGGCCAAUGCCACAUUAAGGUCCGACGCGAGUUUAUUUUUGAAGAUGCUUAUUCAGAAAUCAUGCGACAACAACCACAAGAUCUUAAAAAACGAUUGAUGAUCAAAUUUGAAGGUGAAGACGGAUUAGAUUAUGGUGGCUUAUCCCGAGAAUUUUUCUUUUUGCUUUCUCAUAAAAUGUUCGAUCCUUUCUAUGCUCUUUUUGAAUAUUCCGCUCAUGAUAACUACACCCUCCAGAUUAACCCCCAUUCGGGAAUUGAUCCUCAACAUCUUAACUAUUUCAAAUUUAUUGGACGAGUAGUCGGGCUUGCUAUUUUCCAUCGUCGAUUUUUAGAUGCAUUUUUCAUUACAUCAUUUUACAAAAUGAUUCUGAAGAAAAAAGUUGGUUUAGCUGAUAUGGAAAGUGUAGAUGCAGACUUUUACAGAAGUUUAACCUGGGCUUUAGAGAGCAACAUCACUGAUGUUUUGGAUUUAACAUUUUCAACCGAGGAUGAACGCUUUGGGGAAGUUGUGACGGUUGAUUUGAAACCGGAUGGUCAGAAUAUCCCAGUGACGGAAGAAAAUAAGAAGGAAUAUAUUGAUCUGAUCACGGAAUGGCGUAUUUCUAAACGUGUUGAAGAUCAAUUUAAAGCAUUUAUGGAUGGAUUUAAUCAACUUAUACCACAAGAAUUGAUUGCAGUGUUUGAUGAACGUGAAUUAGAGUUACUUAUUGGAGGUAUCGCUGAAAUUGACGUCGAUGACUGGAAGAAACACACCGAUUACCGAGGGUAUACAGAGUCAGAUGAUGUUAUACAGUGGUUCUGGAAGUUUACUACCGGAACUUCCCGCAUUCCCGUUAAUGGAUUUAAAGAUCUACAAGGAAGUGAUGGACCUCGUCGGUUUACAAUUGAAAAGGCAGUAGAUGUUACUCAGUUGCCGAAGAGUCAUACUUGCUUUAAUCGUAUUGAUUUGCCACAAUACAAAAACUAUGAAGCAUUGGUAUCUAAAUUAACAUUAGCGGUUGAAGAAACUGUAGGAUUUGGACAGGAAUAA